AAGCCAAAAAUAACGGAAACAGUACAAAGAGUGGAGGAACAUAAACGGAUUGAGGAAGUUGAAAGACGUGUACAACGUAAAGAGAAGAAAGAAAAGAAGCAUCGAAGCUCUCAUCGAAGUUAUCAUCAUCAUCGUAGUGGUGGUAAUCGUGAUGCUUAUAAUGGAUAUAAUGGAUACAGUGAUGAAGGUUAUCGUAGCAAUUCUUUAUCACGACAAAAUGGCUAUUUGCCUGGACAUGAAAGCUAUAUGCGAUCUGUAACGACACGUCGUGAAAAAGAUGGGCGUUAUUACGAUGAUGGACGUCUGAUAACAAAUGGAAAUCUUUCCAGUGGACGUUACGGUUCAUCAUUAUCUGAUAGCUUAAGACGUGGAGAGUUACGUUAUAAUCCGAACGGUGAUAUUCGGGAAGUACAUCAUAGCUCGACGGGUCGUAACGGACGCAUUCACAAAAGUCUUUCUACUCGUGAUAUGUACGAUUCGGGUUCAGGUGUCAACCAUGAUGGUGAUUAUUAUCGUUCAUCAUCCUAUCGUCGUGGUAGUCAACAGAGUGGUGGUCCAUUUGUGGAAUUUCCACCAACAUUACCUCGUGAUCAUGAUGCACCAAUACCUCCACCACAUCGUACCAGAGCACCAUCUGAUGACUUUUACAGGCCAAUCAUUAAAAGUCGAAGUUAUGCAGAUUGGGAUGAAGGACGUGGCUUUUCACAAUCUAUCAAACGUCGUAAUGAAGAUAUGGCUCGAUUGGAAAAUGAAUUUCGUGAUUCGCUAUUAAUGCCAUUACCAAAUAUGUCGAAUAAUAGUGGCAAUAUGUAUGAACGUGAUCAUCGUCAUGAGCAAAUACCCGGUGGUUAUGAGACUUAUGAUCGAGAAGUUAAGAGUAGUAGUGGUCGACGCAUCAAUAAAGAUGGAAAUCCCACGGAGUAUAAGGAACAAUCACAAGAAUGUAGUUAUAAACGCGAAACAGAAUCAGAUCGUAGACGUUAA